UCUCUCUUCUCCAUCCCUGUCUUUUCUAAUCCCUCUCUCUUCUCCUCUCUCUCUCCUCCUCGUACAGCUCUAGGCUCCUCCUUCUCUCCUACCUCUAUGAGUACCUACAGUCUGAGCUCCCUCAACAUGAGCACCCUGCCCAGGAACAUGUACCCCACCAGCCCCAGAGGAACCAUGAUCAGGAGGAAACUCAAGAAGAAGGACUUCAAGAGCUCACUGUCUCUGGCUAGCAGUACCCUGGGUCUAGCAGGUCAGGUUGUUCACACUGAGACGACUGAGGUGAUUCUGGUCAGUGACUCUCUCAUGGGGUUUGGCAUCCAGCUACAGGGGGGGGUGUUUGCCACAGAGACCCUGUCCUCACCCCCGCUCAUCGGCUAUUUGGAUCCAGACAGUCCUGCAGAGAGGUGUGGGAUUGUGCAGAUAGGUGACCGUAUCCUGUCUAUAAACGGGAUCCCUACAGAGGACAGCACCUUGGAAGAGACCAAUCAGCUACUGAGAGACUCCAGCAUCACCAGCAAGGUCUCGCUGGAGAUAGAGUUUGACGUGGCAGAGUCAGUCAUCCCUAGCAGUGGCACCUUCCAUGUGAAGCUACCAAAGAAGCCUGGGGUGGAGCUGGGGAUCACUAUCAGCUGUGAGUCUCUCUAGUCUACCUUUUCACAUUA